AUGAAGGCGUACAUCUCGGAAGCCUUUCCGUGGACGUCCGUGACGCCCUUUGCAUCGUAUGGGUCGUUCCGCAGCUUUAAUGCGACAACGCUCCUCAACUUGCAAGCAAGGUACAACUCCGCAACGCUUCCCGCCGGCGCCGUCAACUUUGCCGACGCCAAUGAAGGUGCCCAAGUGCUGCGCCAGCUCCUUCGACUCGGCCCAUCCAUUCCAGAAGCCCGCUGCAUCUCGGACUUUCUCGUUGGAAAGCCUGGUAGUAUCUACUAUGGCAGCUCGAUCCGGGACUUGCUCUGUGCGUUUGCUGCUGCGAAUGACACGACCAUAAACUCCGAGCGCUGGCAUCAUCGAGGGUCGUGCAUGAUGACGUCAGCGCCAGGGCUUGUCCUCGGCUACCAUUGCAUUUGGCUCACGGCCGGCGAUGCCAUCGCGCGGUCAAGUCGAGACAAUGAAGUCUAUACGCUGACCUUUGUCAUGGCGACGGCGCCGUACCCCGUGCUGAACUGGACCAAGUUUGUGUACCGCGUCUGCACCACAGUAGGCAUCGUGCUACUGCUUUGGCGCCGCUACUACAAGCACUGCAUCGCGCUUCGCCGUCAAUUGGCGCGUCUUGGGCACGCCCACGAGCUCCGCGCUGGCGCGUACUCGUAUGCGAUUUCGAUUGGGGACCCGACGGCUGUCGUUCUCUCCAACCCGUGGGUUGCGCUCGCCUUCUUUGUCGACGUCUGGGCGAGCUUUGAUACGCUCUCGUUCGCUGUGCUCCGCGGCUCCCAGAACGACGAUCUUCUCGAGCUCUUUGUCGCGUUCCUGUACCUGUCCCGCGCGGUCUGGCUCGCCUACUUUGGUUUGUCCGUCAUGUCGGCGAUUCUCAAGCGCUAUCGACAAGAGCACGUCUUUUGUGAGGUGGAUCCGACCAUGGUCGCACUCGCCGUCACGAUCUAUGGACCACUGCUCACGUACUUUAUGGGCAACUCGGCCUGGCUGCUGCAAGUCUACUGGUACCUUGAGGAGUGCAUGGUACCCACGUCAGCGCGCGGCCAUGAGCUCGUCGUGCUGCUUCCGUGUGUAAUUUAUACGCUGAGUUUGACGCUGGCACCGCUGCUGUACGGCCUCGUCAAGGCCAUGACAGGUAGACUUUCACUGGAAUGA